CUUAAAGCGUUGUGAUUGGCUGACUCAAGUUUAGGUAGUUAGUGGGGAGUUAUUAGUUAAAUAGUCGGUAGGGGUAUUAAGGAGACUACAAUUAAAUUAAAAACCACAACCCUAACCCACGUCUCUUUCUUUUCCCUCCCGCAAACAUCCGAGCUGUCCCGCUGUCUGUUUCUUCUUCCUCCCACAAGCUAGCGAACCGUCUCUCCCGGUUGUCCCUUCUCCGGACGAUGAUUCUCAGUAAGAGUUCUCCGCCGAAGGCAGCUAGCUCCCGCUGCAGUCAUCGUUCAAGUCCGCCAACGCAAAACACAGCUGUCGUUGUCGUCGUCGGUCCAGCUUCCCUCCCGCUGAGAUGUCCGGCAGGUGAUUCUGCUCCCGCUUCUGUUCUACACUGUCGUCGUCUCUGCCAGCUCCCCUUCUCGUCGUCGUUCCAGUCCACCAUUGUCGAUUCCAUCGCCGACGUCGUCGAACCCUGUCCGUGAUAACAUUUCCACUCCCAGUCUACCCCCGUCGUCGAACCCUUAUUUCUCGUCGGUGGCGUUUAAGGUGUUUUUUUUUUGUAUCCAAUAUUUAUUUUGUAUUUGUGGGGUUUUUCGUCGCUGCAUGGGAUUAGGGUUUUGGCGUUGCAUGGGAGUAGUGUGUUUUGCGUUGUCGCUGCACAAUAGUAUUUAUUUUUAAUUUUUUUGGUGACUAUUAUUAAUCACUUCGUGGACGUUCGCAGACUUUUUUGUGUCCAUUGUUAAUCAAUAUGUGCUCGUUCU